CUCCUUAUCCCGGCCUCGCCAAAGUUUUUUCCCCUUCCUCGUUUCGGAGUUUUUUGGUUUUCUUGGGGUUUUUUUUGUAUUUUUUUUUUUUUUUUAGCGUUUUCUCGCUGAGGAGAAGAAAUAAAAAAGUUUUUUUGCAGGCUUCUCGCGGUUCUUCUCCGCUCCGCAGCCGGUGGAGACUUCGUUUCUCCGAGUUUUUACUUUUUCAACCCUUCCCUGCCCCUUAACGCUUAACUUUUUAAUUUUUUUUUUUGUUUUUUAAUACUUUUUUUCGCCCCCUUGUUCCCCCUCGGCCACUUUCUCGCAUGAAUCUCCUCGACCCUUUCAUGAAAAUGACAGAAGAACAGGACAAAUGUAUCUCCGACGCCCCCAGCCCCACCAUGUCGGAUGACUCCGCCGGGUCCCCCUGCCCCUCUGGAUCCGGCUCGGACACGGAGAACACCAGACCCCAAGAGAACACCUUCCCCAAGGGGGACCCGGACCUGAAGAAGGAGAACGACGAGGACAAAUUCCCGGUGUGCAUCCGGGAGGCGGUGAGCCAGGUGCUGAAGGGCUACGACUGGACCCUGGUGCCGAUGCCGGUGCGGGUGAACGGCUCCAGCAAGAACAAACCGCACGUCAAGAGACCCAUGAACGCCUUCAUGGUGUGGGCACAGGCGGCCCGCAGGAAGCUGGCGGAUCAGUACCCGCACCUGCACAACGCCGAGCUCAGCAAGACCCUGGGCAAGCUCUGGAGGUGAGUGCGGAGCCGGGAUGCGGAGCGCGGCGAGGAAGAGGAAGGUGCGAGCCUGGAAAAGGCGCUGAAAAACUUCUUUUCGCCGAGCGCAAAACUUUGUUCGGGGGAGAAGGCGGAAUAGGAGCGCGGGGGAAAGCAGGGAAAAGUUCGCUUUCUGGUGUUGGAAGUGGUUUCUGCGCCCCGAGCGAUGGCCGGGGGCCGGCGGAGCCCCUGGUUGUUCGCUUGCGCUGCCGGAGCGGAGGAAACGCUGGAUUUUGGGGAUUGCAUCAGCUCGGGCCGGGCCGGAGGGAGCGCGGGGCGA